CAGAAUUCUUUCGUAUCCUCCCAGCAUCUGCGCUGUGAGAGCCGCCAGGCAGGCGCUGCUCUCUUCACCGCCAUCCUUUCUCCGUUUCCCACCGUCAAACAAUGUUAUUAAUAUUCUGCACGGCUCUGAAUCAUUCAUCGACUGCUAAAAUUAAGACUUUGGAUUGAGUCUAUCAUCUACAGUUUGCCAUGGCGACGGUGGUGAUGGAGCAGAUCGGUCGCCUGUUCAUCAAUGCGCAGCAGCUGCGUCAGAUCCCUCAGCUGCUGGAGUCGGCCUUCCCCACUCUGCCUUGCACUGUGAAGGUGUCUGAUGUUCCCUGGGUGUUCCAAGAGCGUCACAUCCUCACUGGCUACAGACAGCCGGAUCAAAGCUGGCGCUACUACUUCCUCACCCUCUUCCAAAGACACAAUGAGACCCUUAAUGUGUGGACCCAUCUGCUGGCUGCCUUCAUCAUCUUGGUGAAGUGGCAGGAGAUCUCAGAGACAGCAGAUUUUUUGCGAGACCCUCACGCUCAGCCCCUCUUCAUUGUCCUCCUGGCAGCCUUCACCUACCUCUCCUUCAGUGCUCUCGCUCAUCUUCUCUCUGCCAAGUCCGAGCUCUCCCACUACACCUUCUACUUCCUCGACUACGUGGGGGUCGCUGUCUACCAGUAUGGCAGUGCCCUGGCGCACUACUAUUAUGCCAUAGAGGAAGAUUGGCACACUAGAGUGCAAGGGCUCUUUUUACCUGCUGCAGCGUUCUUGGCCUGGCUCACUUGCUUUGGCUGCUGCUACGGCAAAUAUGCCAGUCCUGAGAUGCCCAAGCUUGCCCACAAGCUUUUCCAAGUGGUGCCCUCAGCCUUGGCUUACUGUUUAGACAUAAGCCCUGUGGUCCACCGCAUCUACAGCUGCUACCGGGACGGCUGCUCCGACCCAGUCGUGGCGUACCAUUUCUACCACGUGCUCUUUUUCCUAAUUGGCGCCUACUUCUUCUCCUGCCCUCACCCAGAGAGUUUGUUCCCUGGGAAGUGUGACUUCAUCGGGCAGGGCCACCAGAUAUUUCACGUGUUCGUGGUGGUUUGCACCCUGACGCAGAUCGAAGCGCUGCGAAAAGACUUCACAGAGCGCCGCCCCUUCUACGAGCGUCUUCAUGGCGAUCUCGCACACGACGCCGUUGCACUCUUCAUCUUCACUGCCUGCUGCAGUGCCCUUACCGCUUUUUAUGUGCGCAAGCGUGUACGUGCUUCUCUCCAUGAGAAGGAAGAGUAAAAAAAAAAGAAAAAGAAAAAAGAAAAGUCUAAUUUAUUUUACUCUUUAGUGACCGUUAAUUAAAAUAAUUUAAAUGUUUUGUCAAUGAAAGUUAUCAGUUUGUGACAGUGACUUAUUAUUUCUUCUCUAUGUGAUCUGCCAAAUACAGUGAGCUAAAAAAAAAAGUGAUGUUUUUGUGAUUUACAGUGAGGAAAAGGGAAUCUUGUAAUGUGUCUGUAGCAAUACAGGUUGUAUUUAAACACUACAACAAGUCCUUGCAUCUUUCUUCUGCUCUUUUAUUGGUCUGAAAGGGUUGUUUUUAGUCAUAGUGUUAAGGAAUGUUUCACUCACCAUACAAAAAUACGCUUUCUGUAGAGGUGAGCAGAAAAAUGAGGAGGCUAGUUUCUUAAGAUGCCUUUUACCCAAACAUAUUUCGAAUAAUCUGACUGUCUUAAUCAAAUUGUAGCAUUUUAAAUCAUGCAAGCAUUUAUUUUUAGAAAUUACAGUCCCAUAACACUUUCUAUACGCAGCCAGGUACCAAUCUCAAUUCAAUUCAAAUUGGUGUUCUUGAUGUACCUUUCUGACACUUUGUCCUUUUGAUUCUGCCUCCCUCUUUAGGAUCAAAGCAGGGUUGGUUUUUUUUAUUAUUAUUAUUAUUAUUGUUAUCAAGGCGCUAACACUGUGUCACACAAAUGUAAGAACAUAUUCCAAGAACAAUGAGAACCUAAUUUGAAAACCAAAAAUUGUACCUCUUAUUGAAAAAAAAAAAAAAAAAAAAAAAUCUAUUAAGUUAUGUUGAAAAUGAGGCUGGCACUCAGAAGUAGUUAAAAAAGACGGAUGGAAGAUUACUGAUGUCUCUUUGUUGUUGUGACAAUGUUAAUAUUUUGUAUUCAAAGGGCUGGAACGUCAGCUUUUGCCUUUUCACAACCCAUGAUGUCAAUGCUUUGGCGUGCAUUGUUAGUUGAGUCACAGAAGCUGUGUUUGACUGUUUUCUGCUUUUGGUUUUUUCUUUGUUUUUUUUUUUUUGUAUGAUGAAUAUGUAUGUGCCUCAAAGCAUGUCUUUUGGUAUAUACUGUGGAUGUAAAGUGUGUGAAUGUCUAUAAAAGCUUUGCCAUGCACUUCUUUCCUACCCUGUAAAUAAGCUGUAUUUCUCUAGAAAGUCGUUUGCAUUCCAUCUUUCUCUCCAGUAGCACUCAGAGCUUAAUGCAUAUUUUUCUGGAAUACAGCACCUUCCUAUUUUGCAGCAUCCUUUCAAAAAAAACAUAUUUUGUGUUCGGUGUCCUUCAGCUUAUCAGACUUUAAGAGCUAUGAAUACAUCAUUUCAUACUGUUGCUCUGAAGUGUCCAUUUGUUUUUUUUUUCCUCUUUGUUGACUUUGUUAUAAAAAAUAUCCUGCAGAUAUGGCUCAUCGAUAAUGUUGCCUAGAUUUUUAUCUCACAAAAUCUCAAAUGCUAAUGUCAGAAAUGAUCUAUAUUCAUUACAGCACUCUCUGUUCAUGAUGGUGUUUAAUGUGCCAAUGAAUCUGUGAUUGCAUCAGUGAUGGUACUACUGAAAGAUGAAUUUCAGAGGCUGAAUGUCGGAAAUGACAAGUUGAUUUAAAUGAUGUCUUGACCUGACUGCAGACAUGUUACUGAUGAGAUUUAACCCUUAUGCCCUUCAAUAUGAAUCCUCUCUUGACUUUGGCAUUACUGACCUGGUCUCAUCAUGCACUGCCUGAAUCAACACUGUAUAUACUGUAGCUGACAACACUGGCUAUGUUUACAUGCAUGAAGAUUUCUACUGUUGAUGUGGUUAUUCUGGUUUUGUGUUGACAUUUUGCACAUGUAAUAAUACAGAAUAACUUGCGUGAACUCCAGUUAGGAGAAACUUGUGCAAGAUGCCUCCCUUAUUGUGCAGGGUUAUAAAAUUGGUUGGCAGCAAGAUUGAAGCUCUCAAACAUGCAUAGGACAAAUUUUAUACAUGUGAGCUAAGUAUUAUUUCUAGGUUAAUGAUAUCCAAAUGGCAAAUAAAGCCUGUAGGUCUCUCACCAGUCCUGCUUGUCACAUGAGGUGAACCAAAGCACUGGGAAUAUAAUUUCUUCCCAGGUGUUACGGAUAACAGGCAUAUGACCAGUAUUUUAUGCUGCAACAUGGAUAGUCUGACAGAUUAUCUGAGUAGCAUGCAAAGCAAACCUGACUAAGACUUUAACUGGAACUUGGCCUGUACUCUGUCUAAAUGAGUGUGUGUGUGUAAACGUAGCCUCUGAUGCCACCAAAGGUUUCCCUUCAUCUCUUUAUGAAAGCAGGGUGACAGGGACCAGAAUGUCUUCUGCCUCUUAAAAUAUGUGUGACUGACUGUACUAAUAUUCUAUGGUAUUUAAGGAAAUAAAGUGUUACAGUAACUUCAAA